CAGCGUCUCGUUCGGCUUCCUCCUGGGAACGGGGAGCGCGCUGGAGACGCUAUGCGGGCUAGCGUCGCUGGGCAUGCCUCCACCGCGUUGCCCUCGUCGCCCUACAUCUACGCAGCGCCCAUCCGGCUGCUCGGCCGGGAGGAUAGCAUCAUUGCCACCGCGGGGGACUUCACGCUCCGCACCAUCCCGCAGAUGAUCGCUCUCACCACCAACCUCUCCGAGGCGACGCCCGCCCACUGCUCGAUUGAAUGCCUCCCCAACAGCAGUCGCAGUGGCUUCCUUCAUGGAAGCCUCGCCAUGGGCGCGAUGCCGGGGCGUGCAGUGGUGGUCGUGAAGCGGCUCCCAGCCAUCGGACGCGACGGUGCUGCGCACGUCGACUACGUCUUCUCCCUCACUUUCGGCGUGAACAAGGGGGGUGUUUGCUGUGUCCGUUUUGUGGAAGAUGUGCACUACACUGCAUUGAUCGAGCAGGCACAUAGCUCAGUUACGAGCUUGGCUGAGCAACCUACAUGUCCAGCAUGUCUUGAACGACUUGAUCAAGAUCCUGGAGCAUGCAUCUCCAUUUUGUUGACAUGAGUUCUAACGAGACAGAGUUCACGGCAAACAUCAAGAAGCUGCAAGUGUCAUGUGAAAUUGGUGGUUAUGAAAUCAGCUUUGAUGCGAUUCAACAUUCUCGAGCAAAGAGCAAG